AUGGAGAUAGGUGACCCAGCAGUGGCUGAAACAGCAGGCCAGCAGUUGAAAGAUGAACUGUCUGACAAAUGUCAGAAGCUUUUCCUGGAGUUUUUGGAAGAAUAUAAAGGCAAGGAUGGAACAAAUACCUAUGUAUCUGCAGCUGAAGAGCUUAUUCGACCAGAGAGAAAUACCUUAACUGUAAAUUUUACGGACAUAGAGUAUUACAAUCAGCAGCUUGCAACAACUAUUCAAGAAGAAUAUUAUAGGAUCUAUCCUCCCCUAUGUCGAGCUGUUCGAAAUUUAGCAAGACAACAAGGAAACAUUCCAGCAACCAAGGAAUUCUAUGUUGCCUUUUCAGAUUUUCCAUCAAGACAAAAAAUUCGUGAACUCAGUUCUUCAAAAAUUGGAACUUUGCUAAGAAUAAGUGGUCAGGUGGUGAGAACACAUCCAGUUCACCCAGAGCUAGUCAGUGGAACUUUUCUUUGUAUGGACUGCCAAUCUGUAGUAAAAGAUGUGGAACAGCAGUUCAAAUACACACAACCAACCAUUUGCAAAAAUCCAGUAUGUGCCAAUCGUCGCAGGUUUACACUAGACACCAAUAAGUCUCGAUUUGUUGAUUUUCAAAAGGUAAGAAUUCAGGAGACACAGGCGGAGUUACCCCGUGGUGCAAUUCCACGUAGCGUAGAAAUUAUUCUUCGCGCUGAAGCUGUAGAAAGUGCAAUGGCAGGUGAUCGCUGUGACUUCACUGGAACUUUAAUUGUUGUACCUGAUGUGUCUGCUUUGUCAACAGGAGAUGCUCAAGUAGAAUCUGGAUCCAGAAAUAUGGGGGGAGAAGGAUUUAAUGCUGAAGGAAUUCAAGGUUUGAAGGCUUUAGGAGUAAGAGACUUGUCCUAUAGAUUGGCCUUUCUAGCAUGUUAUGUAGGAGCUACAAAUCCUCGUUUUGGGGGAAAGGAUUUGAGGGAUGAAGAUCAAACCGCUGAAAGUAUAAAGAAUCAAAUGACCGUGAAAGAGUGGGAAAAAGUAUUUGAAAUGAGUCAAGACAAAAAUCUUUACCACAACCUAUGUAGUAGCCUUUUUCCCACUAUACAUGGUAAUGAUGAAAUUAAAAGAGGUGUUUUGCUAAUGCUUUUUGGCGGUGUUCCUAAGACUACUAUGGAAGGCACUGCUCUUCGAGGGGAUAUCAACGUGUGUAUUGUUGGAGACCCAAGCACAUCCAAAAGCCAAUUCCUAAAGCAUGUUGAAGAAUUCAGCCCACGAGCUGUAUACACCAGUGGAAAAGCCAGCAGUGCUGCAGGUUUAACUGCAGCUGUUAUAAAAGAUGAAGAGUCGCAUGAGUUUGUGAUUGAAGCUGGCGCUUUGAUGCUUGCAGACAAUGGAGUAUGUUGCAUUGAUGAAUUUGAUAAAAUGGAUUUGAAAGAUCAAGUUGCCAUUCAUGAAGCAAUGGAACAACAAACUAUAUCCAUCACAAAAGCUGGAGUGAAGGCAACACUGAAUGCGCGUACAUCCAUUUUGGCAGCAGCAAAUCCUAUUGGUGGAAGAUAUGAGAGAUCAAAAUCACUAAAGCAUAAUGUAAAUCUAUCGGCUCCUAUAAUGUCAAGAUUUGAUCUUUUUUUCAUUUUAGUGGAUGAAUGCAAUGAGGUCACAGAUUAUGCAAUUGCUCGAAGAAUUGUUGAUUUACAUACUAGAAAUGAGGAGUCUAUAGAAAGGGUUUAUUCAAUUGAAGACGUUCAGAGGUAUUUGUUGUUUGCGCGUCAGUUUCAACCAAAAAUAACAAAGGAAGCGGAAGAGUUUCUUGUUCAGCAGUAUCGGAAACUGAGGCAGCGGGAUGGCAGUGGAGUUGCAAAAUCAUCCUGGAGGAUUACAGUGAGACAGCUUGAGAGUAUGAUCAGGUUAUCUGAAAGCAUGGCUAGAAUACAUUGCUCAGAUGAAGUUCAACCAAAGCAUGUCAAGGAAGCAUUUAGAUUGAUAAAUAAAUCAAUAAUUCGUGUGGAUACGCCAGAUGUUAGUUUUGAUCAAGAAGAUGAAAAAAACAUUGAAGAUUCCUCCCAACUCACUGGAGAGGUGAAUGACAAUGUGGAAACUGGUGUUGCCAAUGGAGAAACUCCAAUGGAAACAAACCAAGAGAUAAGGAGUGAAAAACAACCUACAUCGGCUACAUUGAAAAUGUCUUUUGCAGAGUACAAAAAGAUCUCCAACCUGUUGGUGUUACACAUGCAAAAAAUGGAAGAAACGGAAGAAGACUGCCAGUUGAAAAAAAGUGACUUGGUUAAUUGGUAUCUAAAAGAAAUUGAAAAUGAAAUUGAAACUGAGACAGAACUAAUCCUGAAAAAGCGUUUGAUUGAGAAAGUCCUUCACAGAUUAAUUCAUUAUGAUCACAUUCUGAUUGAACUGAGCAAAAGUGAACUAAAAUCCCUAAGUAAAGAAGAUGGUGGAGAAGCUGCUUUAGAAGAGGACCACAUUUUAGUUGUCAAUCCAAAUUAUGUUUUGGAGGAUUAA